UCUUUCUUUCCUUCCAUAACAACAACCCAAUUCAACACUAUAUUCUUUCUCUUCUUCACAAAUUACUCAGUAUCUAGUCACUUCCAUCACCACAAUCUCAAGAUGGCUGCAGUUGCUCAAGCCCAGGAGACAUCAAAUGUCACAAGCAUCAAAUCACUAGCUGAGUCAUCAGCUCUCAACUCUGUGCCUUCUGCAUAUGCCUUCAACAUAAACCCCAAUGAUGAAGCUGAUCCUAAUGACCCUGAGUUUGCUAUUCCCAUUGUUGAUAUGUCUCUUCUCACCUCUGGUUCUCCUGACGAGCGAGCAAAAAUCGUUGGCGAUCUUGUCAAAAUUUGUGAAGAAUGGGGCUUCUUCAUUGCAAUUAACCAUGGAGUACCAGAGAGCCUAAUGAAGGCGAUGAUUGACGCAUGUCAUGGAUUUUUCAGUCUUCCAGACGAGGAGAAGAAGGAGUUUAAAUCAGGAAAUGAUGUUCUCGAGAUGUUCAAAUAUGGAACAAGCUAUAAUCUAGCACUGGACAAAGUACUUUUAUGGAGGGACUUCUUCAAGGUCCGAACACACCCGGAGUUUCACUCCCUCUACAAACCAGCUAGCUUCAGUGAGGUUUCGCUGGAGUUUGGCAAAAGAAGCCGAGAAGUAGCCUUGGAAAUAACGAGAGCAAUAUCCGAAAGCUUGGGUUUGGGGCCGGACUACAUAUACAACACAAUGAACCUGGAUCGCGGCUUACAAAUGCUAGCGGGGAACUACUACCCACCUUGUCCUCAGCCUGAACAUGCCAUUGGUAUACCCCAUCAUACCGAUCAUGGUCUAGUCACACUCCUCAUUCAGAAUGAGAUGAAUGGCCUCCAAGUUGAGCACAAUGGAAAAUGGCUCACUGUCAAUGGCCCUCCCAAUGGCUUUUUCGUCAACCUUGCUGAUCAAAUGCAGAUUCUUACAAAUGGUAAGUACAAGAGUGUGAUGCAUCGGGCUACAGUGAACAACAAAGCUACAAGGAUAUCGAUAGCUAUACCACAUGGACCAUCCGUAGACACGAUCAUAGCACCAGCAGCAGAGUUGUGUGAAAGAGAAGGCCAAGCUCCAAAGUACCUUGCUAUGAACUACAAGGAAUACAUACAACUUCAGCAAAGCGGCAAGAACUACAUGAAGUCCACAUUUGAUCAUAUCCGAACCUAGCCUAUCUAGCUUGUUAUAUAUUGUACUGAAACGUACAGUUGCAACUUCCUGUACUUUCUUUUCAUUAUUCUUGUUUUUGUUUUCAAUAAUCAUGCCAUCUUGAGUCUCUGGCCGAUGCUGUAGUAAGACAAUGGAUUGGCAUGUUCGAAGUUCGAACACAGAGCAUUAUUAUAUUACGACUCAUAAAUUAAACAUGUCACGACUCAUUGCAUUUGGAACUUAAUUGAUAUAGAUACAUUUUGAUCGACAAAAAUUAAUUGUCAUUUCAGCA